CCUCCAUUGUUGCAAGUCGUCCAUUGAUCCGCCUGCCAGUAUAUAUAGCACCUCUCCUCGGCCAAUAUGUCUACCUUUGCCAUCUCCACCAGACUUGCAAGACGUGCAAUUGUACCCUACGCGUCCACCUUUACUCGUCCCCAGAUAUCAUAUACAGCUCACCAGUAAGCACGCGCCUUCCAUCCCACCAAGAUGGCUGGCAACCGUAUUGUGACGUUAGAUGCGUCUCUCAUCCCCCGCUUACCAGAGUCCUCCCCAACCCUCUUCGAAGCAAAGAAGCAAAAGAACUUGACCUUUGAGGCCAUUGCAAAGCACAUUGGCCGUGAAGAAGUCGCCGUCGCAGCCCUGUUCUACGGACAGGCGCAGGCGUCGGCAGAGGACAUCAAAGGCCUCUCAGAGCUGCUCGGAAUACCCUCGGAGAAGUUGGAGUCGCAGCUUUCUGGCAUCCCCGAUCGCGGCCAUACGCUGGAUAUGCCUCCAAGAGAGCCUCUGAUCUACAGACUCUUCGAGAUCGUGCAAAACUAUGGAUAUGCAUAUAAGGCUGUGUUGAACGAGAAGUUUGGCGAUGGCAUCAUGAGCGCAAUCAGUUUCUCGACUAAGGUGGAAAAGGAGACGGACGAGAAGGGAGAUUGGGCUGUCAUUACGCUCAGGGGUAAAUGGCUUCCAUACUCGCGGUUCUAGACGACGAGACAAAAAUUACUUCGUGGCGGAUGUAUGGUCCUACCAUUGGUAGUAUGAGG